AUGGAUCCCUUCACCACAAUUCCCGUCGAGUUGCGGUUGCAAAUAUUCUCAUCCCUUCAAUCCAAGGCCACUAUCUCGAGCCUCAUUCAGGCCUCUCCAAUUAUGCUCAAGGGAUACCUGAGAUACAAAGGUACAAUAACACGAAAUUUGCUCGAGCGCGACUUCGACGAUCAGAUGAUCCAAGAUGCCAUGGGAAUCAUUCUAUUUCCAUCGCUCAGCGAGGCUCGAAAGUCACAGUCCCUAGUCCAAGAACACUUCAAGUUUUGGGAGUCACGCACGUUUCCGAAUCCUUUGGCCACUCGCGAUGUCUUUCUCAUUGUUCAAAUCGACAAAUUGCAUAGUCUUUUAAUGGUCUUCGUCGAGGACUACAUCACAAAAGCGACCGCAGCUUUUCCGCCUCGUGAAUACAUCUGUCUCCCUCAGCUUACCCACAGCCAAAGCCAUCUCGUCUUCAAAGGAAAAGAGAUAACAAGGAGAUUUGAUUCAUGCAACCUUUCAGAAGGUGAGAGGCGACGCUUAUUGAGGGCAUUCUUACGGGUUGAGCUGAUGUCUCUGCUUCAGAAGACUCUUAGCUCCAAUAGCUAUAGUCUCAUCAAAUGGCUACGUAUCGGACUAGUCAGUGGAGUCAAAAUACGAGACCAGGAGGCGAUUCAAUGUGUCUGCGUGUAUACAUCCUCACUAUAUGGUGCCGUCUUUGCCCUUUGUGCUGAUGCCUGGCUGCCAGUAGCCGAUGCGACCCCAGAAACCGGGCUACUAUUUCCUGACAAUCUCUUUGCAGAUCCGACUCAGUAUGGACAUGACGUUGGCAUCUACGGAAGAGAAGAGCGAUCAACGAUUGAUUACAUGGCUCAGGUCGGUUUCUCUUUAAUCUUCGCGAUAAUUCGUUGUGCCAUAGCCAGACCACAAGACACCAACACUCUCAAAAGCUUCGUCAAGAAGCUGUGUAGCUUCAGAAUGAAUAGCCUUUUACAAAAUGCAUUCAGAAGAGUGAUUCCCUUAGGACGCUUCAUCCCUCCGAAUAACAUGUACUACAGUACCCUGAAUGGCGGUGAAGGUUUCCAUGAGCAAAUAUGGUUUAAAUCCCUUAUGGACAAGCUAAGCCCCCCCCCAUGGCGGUGCUCUACAGUACAAGAUAUUUCAACAGCGGGCAUGGCCAUUCUUCGACAACGACCGCCACUACGCAAAAGACACCGCUAUGUUGCCACUAUUCCCCCCUCAACAUUUCUUGGACAGAAUGGAACAAGAAAGAAUCGAUGA